AUUGCUCGAAAUAGUAAAUUGUGUUUACAUUGAUUAUAAGUAGCCUUCCAAAUCAAUGCAACGCCUAAAUGUUAAUGUUUAAUCGAGCUUUUGCCCAAAAUACAUUGUAUCUAAAAAAAUUGACGUGAAAACCACUUUUUAAAAGUUUAAAACUUUUUCAGUAUAAUAAUAGAAUCACGUAUCGUCGAAUAAAACUAAGUAAAGAGUUUGAUUUGACAAGUUUGACUUUUCCUACAUUCCUUACUUUUGGCCCUCUCUGUCCCCUCCCUCUCUCUGACCUGCCUGCCCCACCCUCCCUGUUUUUCUCACCCUCUGUGUCCCUUCCUACCCCACCCUUCAUUCUGCAGUGCUACGGACCGAUCAUGGGUGACUGGAGCUUUCUGGGUAAUAUUUUAGAGGAAGUUAACGAGCACUCUACGGUGAUCGGCCGGGUGUGGCUCACGGUGCUUUUCAUCUUCCGUAUCCUCAUCCUGGGCACGGCGGCGGAGUUCGUGUGGGGCGAUGAGCAGUCUGACUAUGUCUGCAACACACAGCAGCCUGGGUGUGAGAACGUGUGCUACGACGAGGCCUUCCCCAUCUCCCACAUCCGCCUGUGGGUGCUGCAGAUCAUCUUUGUUUCCACACCGUCUCUGGUAUACGUGGGUCACGCUGUGCACCAUGUCCACAUGGAGGAGAAACGAAAAGAGCGCGAGGAGGCAGAACUUAGCCGACAGCAGGAGCUGAGCGAGGAGCGUCUCCCUCUGGCCCCCGACCAGGGGAGUGUCCGCACCACCAAGGAGACCAGCACCAAGGGGAGCAAGAAGUUCAGGCUGGAGGGCACCCUGCUGAGGACCUACAUCUGCCACAUCAUCUUCAAGACACUGUUCGAGGUGGGCUUCGUGGUGGGCCAGUACUUCCUGUACGGCUUCCGAAUCCUGCCGCUGUACAAGUGCAGCCGCUGGCCCUGCCCCAACACGGUGGACUGCUUCGUGUCCCGCCCCACGGAGAAGACCGUCUUCAUCAUCUUCAUGUUGGCUGUGGCCUGCGUCUCUCUCUUCCUCAACUUUGUGGAGAUCAGUCACCUGGGCCUGAAGAAGAUCCGCUUUGUCUUUCGCAAGCCGGCCCCGUCCCCUGCCCUAGGCGAGGGAUCGGCCCCGCUGCCGCUACAAGGGAAGAGCCUGCCCCCCCUGGCUGUGCCCUCCCUGCAGAGGGCCAAAGGUUACAGGUUGCUGGAGGAGGAGAAAGUUCCCAUUUCUCACCUCUACCCACUGGCUGAAGUGGGCAUGGAGGCUGGCAGAGGGGCCCCACCCUUCCCGGGGUUAGAGGAGAAGGCGGAGGAGGUGGUGCCCAUGAGGGUCAUCUCUAAGGUGUAUGACGAGACUCUGCCCUCCUACGCCCAGACCACGGAGACAGCGGGGGUGACUUUACACGAGGAAGAGGUCGAGGAGGAGCAGCCGAAAGAGGUGGAUGCCGAGAGAGUGGAGAAGGUUGUGGAUGAGGAUGUGGAGGUAGAGGGGGUAACUCCAGCCGAGGCAGGGAUGGAGGCCACGGAUACGAUAGAAGACACCAGACCGCUGAGCCGACUGAGCAAAGCCAGCAGCAGGGCCAGGCGUCCGGGCGAUAAAGAUCAUGCAGCAUCAGCACAAAGUAUUGUUGGAGGCCAGACAAUAAAAGAAACCGCGCUCAUCAAUGAAAACAAGCAUCCUUGACCCGGCUGUGAAAAAAAAUCUUUCUACUUGGUUUUAAGUGAACAUAGCAGGUUUUACCCCACAAGAAAAUAACAAAACUGAUGACAUGCUUUCCAAAUCAAAGAAAAACAAACAAAUAGGGGCAACUCCCUCUGUACAUAACGCCCCAUCCUAUGUCUGAUCAUGUACAUAACAACAGCUGUUUUCAGUUGUCAAUUUUUAGAGGAAUCACACAAGUUAUAAUUGUGAUUACAAUAUUUAUUUAAUCUUACAACCCUUGAAAAAUCCCACGCUGUGGUGUCAUGCAUUUAUCUGAGUAAAGAUUAAUUUAUUUUCAAAUCAUUGGCAAGUGCUUUAAUACAAAAAGUGUUAAGCUUUAAAAUAUGCCUUAGGUUUAUCACCAAUCUUACGUUCACAUUCUCUGGCUUUGUUUAUUCAAACAGCUGCCACUGUAUGAUUUACUGUGCCUUAUCUGUAAAUGUAAAUUCUCUAAUGUUGUAAGAUUGUAGCAAGUGCUUAUUUUGCUCUGGGACCUCUGUGAAUUUUAUGUUUUAUUUGCUUUUUUUAUUUUCUAUUUUAGUUCAAUUUUGUAUACACCCCCAUUAGCACACACAUUAAACAUGACUUCAUUAUGCAGCAAAGUAGGCUAUUUAAAGUAUUGACAUUUUAGGCAUACAGGUGCAUGUUAGCGGACAUGAACACAUUCACACAGGAAAGUCUUACACGCAUACCUUUGUGUGCACAGACACAGACACUGUUGGUUUUGGGGGUAUGAUCAAAUGGCUCUAAAGAAACUCAGAGAGAAGGCAGCUUUGACCCCAUUGUGACCCCCAACCAUCGUUUUGCUUGCUUCCCAUGAUCCAAUGCUGUGAAAUCAAAAAGAGCCUUUGAAGAAUCACCAAAUUGUUGUUAAACACAUUUAAACAUUUAACAGUUAGAGCAUCAUGCUGGUCCUUGUGUACGAUCGAUAUCACUGGUAAUGUAUGAUUUUUUGUAUUGUAAGACUGUUGCAUUGCCUGUAUGUUUGUAAGAAGACAUGAUUAAUCUUUGAAAAGAACAAAAAAAACUUUUUACUAACUUGUAGUCUUCUUUGCUGAUAGAUGUGUGGCAGUAUCUUUUUUGGAAUGUGAACCAACGCAAUAAAAAGUCACACGUGGUCAAGAA